UGAAGUUUUCGCGAUUCGCGUCUUGCUAGAACAUGCGGAUUUUGCGUCCUCUGACGGGCAGGCUUGGCUAGGAAAUCUCAAUUGUUCAGCAGAGGAGCGGCACGAAGAAGAGAUGCGAUGUGAAGAUCAACACUGUUGACCGAGUCGUGGUCUUGUUGUACCUUAGAAGACAACAUGUGUCCAAGAAAUGCAGUUGAUCCUCGACUUUGGUAUACAGGGGAUGUGAUAUCCCUUGCAGUAUGACUUCCGAUUAGAGCAUCAUCGUCCUCACCAUCCUCAACUUUCAUCCAGGACUCGGCUUCUACAUACUUCACCCCUCACAUCUGACUUCCACCAAACUCCCAUACCAUGAUGAUCGGCUCUACUCUGCUGGCCGCCACCAGCUUCGCCACCAUGGCAGCAGCAUACGACACAACCUUCGGCUUCAACGGCGCCCCCAUAAUCGAAAACCGAACCCUCGACGAGAUCCACCAAGCCGCCCUCGCCGAGGGCGGCAUCGUCACAGCCUGGCACGGAGGCGACGAGACCAACCAACAAGACGGCCUCAAAAGGGCCUUUGAGGACCGGUUCCCCGGCAUGACGCUCAACAUCACCGUCGACGUCUCCAAAUUCCACGACGGCCACAUCGACGGCCAGCUCGCCCUCGGCGCGGGCGCGCUGUACGUCGACACGGCGAUCCUGCAGACCCUGCACGAUUACCCCCGCUGGGACCUCGAGGGCGCGCUGUUGCACUACAAGCCUGUCCAUUUCGAAAAGGUUCACCCUGCGUUCCGGGACGUUCGCGGGGCGUGGCAUGGGGUUUCGAUUUUUGCGUGGACGUUUAUUUGGAAUUCGGACUGGGAGGGGGAUGGGCCUAGGGAGUUUGCGGAUUUCUUGGAGCCUAGGUUUAAGGAUAAGCUUGUUCUUACGUAUCCCAACGACGACGAUGCGGUGCUGUACGCGUUUGACCUGAUCAUGCAACAAUUCGGCUACGAAUGGUUCGAAAAGCUCCUCGCGCAGAACCCCCGCUGGGUCCGCGGCACCGGAACACCCGUCACCCUCCUCACCUCGCCCAACACCACCCUCUCCGCCACAUUCACCGCGGGCGUCGGCCUCAUCCCCACGGCGCCGCUGAACGUCUCCAUCCCGAGCGAGGGCAGCUUCGUGACGUGGGCGCAAGGGGCGGCCAUCUUUAAGGAUACGCCGCACCCUGAGGGCGCGAAGCUGCUUCACAACUUUAUGCUGAGCGACGAGUACCAGUCGACGACGGGGUCGUGGAGCGUGAGGAAGGAUGUCGCGCCGCCGGCUGGGUAUCCUGAGAUUAUGGAUGUCAAGUCGACUAAUCCGGUUGAGUUUGAGAGGUUUAUGGGGGACCGGGUGCGUGUUGAGCAGUUGAAGUUGUUUUUUGAGGAUAAGAUUGGGACGGCGCAGGGGUUAAGUCCUCUGAUUGAUGACUUGUGAAGGUUUGAAUUGGGGAUCUCCUCAAUGUGAGCUGUGAAAUAUAGACUGGGUACUAGAUGGAGUUGAGAAGAUGCGGCGGAUGGAGUUGGAGUGAGGUAUCAUUGAGGCAGUGGUAUCGAUUUGAUGUUGUUGUUGACUUUGUGGACAUUGGCGAGGCUUAGAAGUUAUCAGUAAUCCAGGAAGGGACAAAUUAUUUUGAUCAAUGUAGAAGAAUUGGCAGACAAUGUAUAUACUCUGAAGGGUUUACAUCUCCUCACAACAUGGGCCCCUACGAUGUGAUCUUGUGACUCUGACCCUCUCGUCACGAGUCCAACGCAACCUCUUCUUGUUUGUUCUCAAGU